AUGUUCGUUUCUCUCAUCUGCUACUUAGAAAGACAAACUCGAUGGGGGGCUGUUGACACCUCUGUGUCCGGGUGGAGUAUAAAUCUCGGCAACAACACGUUUUUCUUCAAAGAUCUUCGAGAUCUUCUUUUUCCACUUUGAAAACUACCUUCAGGCAGAAUGCAGGUGCCGAACAGACCAGUCGGAGUUUAUGGAUACCCUCUGCGUAAUUACGCACCAGCUUCGCUGUAUCCGCAGUACCAGGAGAGCCAGCGCGGGUACUCAACGAAGCCUCCCAGUGGAAAAUCUUUCACCAUCGAGGCUUUGCUCGCCAAACCAGUGGACAAGACCAGCGACCGGGCGAGUCCUACUCAAUGCGGAGUGAAAUAUCAGCCAGCGACUCCAGUCCUGCCUCUCACAGGACACGUAGGCUUACCCAUAGCACCGGCACCUUACGUCUACUCGCCAAACAUGUUGCACUCCGCUGUUCACACGCAGCCUGGAUAUUCAAUCUACUGCUGCCCUCCUUUCACCUACCAGUCAACGUGUCGUGGAGCCUUUUACGCACAAGCUUCAAUGUCCAAAGUCAACGGCGGGCUGCACUCCUUCAAAACCAAAGGUGGGAAAUCGAAGAGGAUGCGCACCAGCUUCACCAGCGAGCAGCUGUCCCGGCUGGAGAAGGAGUUCGCACGGCAGCAGUACAUGGUGGGAUCCGAGAGGUUCCUCCUGGCCUCCGCUCUGCAGCUCACAGAAGCUCAGGUCAAAGUCUGGUUCCAGAACCGACGCAUCAAGUGGCGCAAACAGAGUCUGGAGCAGCAGCAGGCCAAGCUCGCCAAGCUGGGCCUGGCUGCCCCGCCGAAGAGCCCCGGGUCUCAGGGACACGGGGACGAAGGAGACGAGGAGUUCUCCGACUCAGACGUGGACAUUGACGUGUCUGAUGACUCCACUGAUCAUUGUUAA